GAGUGGUCGUCGAAGCAGCUGGGAAACCGCAGUUAGAAGUCAAAAGGUCGUGCCUGCCCUCUAGUGGUUGUGGAUGUUGACACACGUGUUUGUGCCGGUGUUCGCGAUGUCCUUUUUCAAGUGUGUGCAUACCUUCGUUCGUCGCGACGUGCCCGCCGAGAACGUGCGCUUCCCGUCAGCCAAUCCAGAACGAAGCUGCAGAAGGCGCUUGCUGACACCGUCUCCAUCGCCGAGGGCGGAUAUUCUGCUGCACGUUUCCGACGCUGCGGCGAGCCGGCAUCGUGGCGACAUUUGACAAGAUGUGUUCUUGAUUCGCGGUGUGUUUUGUUUUGUGGCCGAUCACGAUGUGUGUUCUUCUCUGGAUGUGCGUCGUCAUCGCGACGUCUCCCGUGAUGAAGGUCUCCUGUCAGCUCAGCGAAAACGAAGGACCUUACCGACAAAGAGGCUACGUCGACUUCCUAAGACAUCCACCAAGCAUUGUCGUCUUUCCUCGGGACCAGACGGUGGUGACCGGUCGGGUGGCAGUGUUCGUCUGCACGGCUGUCGGCAACCCGCGCCCGCAGAUCGAAUGGCGCAAGAAUGGCAAGCGUGUCUCCACCAACCGCUACACGGUAACCGAGAUGACGGGGGGCUCGGUGCUUCGCAUCGACCCCGUCCGCGCCGGCAAGGACAACGCCACCUACGAGUGCCUCGCUGAAAAUGGUGUUGGUGAGCCCGUCAGGGCUCAGUUCACGCUCACUGUACUAGAAGAGAACCAGAUUCCACCGGGCUUCCCGCACUUCAAGCUGCUGCCCAACCUUCAAGGCGUGGAGCGCAACCGCAGCGCGCUGCUUCCCUGCAAAGCCGAGGGAGACCCCGAACCCAGGCUCUCCUGGCUCCGGAAUGACAUCCCCGUCGACAUGUCCAAUCCACGAUACUCCCUCGCAGCUGCAGGUUCACUACAGAUCUUCGACGCACAGGAGGAAGAUCAGGGCAACUACGAAUGCAUCGCAGAGAACAGUGUGGGCACUGCAAUCUCGCCCAUGGCAACCCUCUUCGUUCGCGUGCGACGUGUGCCGCCAUACUUCUCGAUUCCGCCGGAGUCGACUUACGAAGUGUCUCCGGGUGCCACGCUGAACCUGACCUGUGUGGCCGUCGGAUCGCCCAUGCCAUUCGUGCGUUGGCGCAAAGGUCACGUGGACCUGACCGCCGACAGUGAAGUCCCCGUAGGCCGCAAUGUCCUGGUGCUGGAAAACGUCCGCGAGUCGGCCAAUUACACCUGCGUGGCCGGCUCCACGCUCGGCAGCAUUGAACACGUCUCGCAAGUGCUCGUCCAAGCACUACCUCGGUCGCCCACCAACCUGGCAGUGUCGGACGUGACGGCCACUUCGGUUCGGCUGUCGUGGUCCUACGAGGGCAGCGGCUCGGACAGCAUUCGCUAUUACGUGGUGCAGUACAAGCCGCGCCAGGCCAACCGCGAAUACAGUGAGACAAGCGGCAUCACCAUGCCUUACCACCACAUCAGGGACCUGAGCCCGUACACAGAGUACGAGUUCUACGUCAUCGCCGUCAACGACCUCGGCCGGGGAUCCCCCAGCGUGCCAGUCACCGUCACGACAGGGGAAACAGCGGAUCUGGCUGGAGGGAGCAAGCCAGGCAGCGCACCUCGAAACUUGCAAGCACGAACUUUGAGCUCGAGCACUGUGGUCGUGCAGUGGGACCCUCCGAAAGAACCGAAUGGCCAAGUCAUGGGGUACAACGUGUACUACACGACACAGCCCAGCAUCCCGACGCAGUCGUGGAGCGCGCAAACGGUCGACAAUAACCAGCUGACGACUAUCAGCAAUCUAACCCCGCAAACCAUCUACACCAUACGGGUGCAGGCAUUCACCAGCCGUGGGCCGGGUCCAUUCUCGUCGCCCGUGCAAGUCAAGACCCAGCAGGGCGUGCCGAGCCAGCCGCGCAACUUGAAGGCGGUGGCGGUGUCGCCGACGGCCAUCCAGCUGAACUGGACGCGUCCCCUGGACCCGGCCGAGACGGUGGUGGGCUACGAGCUCUACUGGAACGACACGUUCACUCAGCAGCAGGAACAGCGCUCCCUGCCCGACGGUCAGAGCUUCCUCCUCGAGGGGCUCUACCCGGACACAGUGUACUACGUCUGGCUGGCGGCUCGCUCGCGCACGGGCGAGGGCGCCGCCACGCCACCCCUGCCUGUGCGGACGGACCAGUACGUUCCGGGUGCACCGCCGCAGCAGGUGCGCGGCGUCGCCCUCGACUCGCGCUCGCUGCGCAUCAGCUGGGAGCCGCCGCCGCGUGAACUGCACAACGGUGCCAUCACAUACUACAAGGUGAAGUACAUCCGCGCUGACGCGGCCCCAGGGGCGGCGCCCUACGAGGCGCUCAAGGGGCCCGCCGAGCUGUCGCACACCAUCACGGGAUUGGACAAGUGGACCCCCUACCGCAUCUGGGUGCUCGCCGGCACGGCCGUCGGUGAUGGCCCCGGCUCCCCACAGGUUCUCGUGCGCACCGACGAGGACGUUCCAGGAGAGCCGCGGACGGUGAAAGUGACGGCGCUGAACAGCACGGCACUGGCCGUCUCAUGGAAGCCACCGUCCAACCGGGACCGAAACGGGCUCAUCCGCGGCUACCAGAUUCAUGUGCAGGAGAUGAACCGUCACGGGGACCUCAUCAACGAGCCCCUGCGAUACGACGUUGCCGACGAGACUGCCGAAGAGUACAACGUGACGGGGCUGCAGCCAGACACCGAGUACUCCGUCCAAGUGGCUGCCGUGACUCGCAAGGGCGACGGUUCACGCAGCCGUCCCAAAAUGGCCCGAACUCACGGCGGAGUCCCCACUCGCCCAGAGCUAACAGCCCGAAUCCACACGGAGGACCAACCCCUCCGUGUUGAACUCCACUGGUCUCGGCCGAACCACACCUACGGAGAGCUGCUUCAGUACAGGCUGCGCUAUGGUCGCAUGGAUGGGGGCGCCCUGGAAGAACGCGAGAUCGAGCCCAUGGACCAGCACAUCACCGUGGAUAACCUCGCACGAGGGGCGAGGUACGAGUUUCGCCUUUCGGGCAGGAACUUGCUCGGAUGGGGACAGGAAGCCAUCACGUUUGUCAGCACACCAGAAGGAGAGCCCACGUCACCCCCGCUGAAUGUGACCUUCCGACUGCAAAGCCCCACCACCGUGGUGUUCACGUGGGAGCCUCCCAUCCCCGUGCACCGCAACGGUCACAUCACCCACUACAGCGUCCAGUUCCGGCGACGGUCGUCAGAUUUCAGCGCCGACGACCGCAACACUUCCCACACUCGGGUUGUGUUCAGCUCACUCGAUGAGAAGACGGACUACAUCAUGCGGGUGCGUGCCUGCACGGCCAAGGGCUGUGGCCCUUGGAGUGAAAACCUGACGGCCAGCACUCCGGGCGACAUUCCGUCGGCUCCCACCAAUGUACAAGCCGUGGCGACUUCGGACCAGUCCGUCGAAGUCUGGUGGGACGAGAUGCCCUACUUCAGGGACAUCCUCGGCUAUCAGGUGCUGUAUGCCCAGACGGCCGUGGAAGACCUGGACCAGUGGGCUGUGAAGAAAGUGCCGCUCACGUGGUCGGCCGAACUGACCAGCCUCGAAAGCCACACCGUGUACGCCAUAAGAGUGGCCGCGUACACGCGGGAAUCGCUGGGAAAGCUGUCCGACCUGGUGACCGUCAAAGUCACGCCCACAGAUGUCCCAACACAGCUGAGAGCGUAUGGCGUGACGACCCACGGCAUGAUUUUGUCUUGGCGACCACCCACACGUCUCGACUACAUUAAGUUUAAUAUCUCGUACAGUGCACACAAAGAGUUCUACGACAGCCGAGGCAGCCCACAGGAGCUUCCUAUUCCACCGCAGAGUGUCCUGUUGGAAAUUGGCACGACAAACUUCACCAUAGAAAACCUGAUCCCCUUCACAAGCUACAAAGUCAACCUAACGGCCGUGCCACGUGAUGGGUCGUAUCGCCCGCCGGCCAAGAUCAUGGUCACCACCGCCAUGGCUGCUCCAAAGCCAAUGGUCAAACCAGAUGCUAUCUGGCAUAUCAGCAACGGUGACGAGAUCACCGUCAUGCUGCCCAAAGCGUCGGAAGAGUACGGUCCCAUCAAGCAGUACUACCUUGUCGUCGUCCCUUCAGAGUUUGCCACCAAGGAGCCGGACGAUUACAAGAUAGAAGAGUUGAUGUCUACACCUCUGGAUGAAGACGGUCCCUACAUAGCCGCAGCAUUUGUUCGCCAGAACAUGCCUGAACGAUUUGUUCUGGGUGAUAUGAAAGUGAACGGCGGGUUCCGGAACCGCAAGCUUCAAUCCUACCGGCGGUAUCGAAUUUUCGUACGAGCCGUUGUGGACACUCUGCAAAAGAACCUCUUCACAACAAGCCCAUUCUCGGACGAGCUGAGCCUGGAGAUGCUGCCACAAGUCCGGCUUCCCUCGGCCGACGACGUCCCCAACGUGUCGCACAUCGAACGCGCCCGCACCGACGUGGGCUGGAUCAUCGGCCCCGUGCUGCUCAUUGUCUUCAUGGCCCUCUUCCUCACGCUCUUUUUCAUCCUCAUGAAAAGGAGACGGCAGCAGGCGAAGGCGCCUGCGGGGGAGACGACCAUGAAGCUGCUGAUGAACUCGGGGGAUCUGGCGUCCUCCCACCCGGGCGGUGUCGGGGGAGCGGGGACGGACCCUGUCGAACUGCGGCGCCUCAACUACCAGACGCCCGCGAUGGUCGGCCACCCUCCCAUUCCUGUGAGCCAGCUGGCCACCCACAUCGAGACUUUGAAGGCCAACGACAACCUGCGCUUCUCGCAAGAAUACGAGUCGAUCGACCCGGGCCAGCAGUUCACCUGGGAGCACUCGAACCUGGAGUCAAACAAGCCCAAGAACCGGUACGCCAAUGUGGUCGCCUACGACCACAGCCGCGUGGUGCUACAGCCCAUCGAGGGGAUUCCCGGCUCGGACUACAUCAACGCAAACUACUGCGAUGGCUACCGCCGCCGCAACGCCUACAUCGCCACCCAGGGACCGCUGCCAGAGACCUGCGGCGACUUCUGGCGUAUGGUCUGGGAACAGCACAGUGUCACCAUAGUCAUGAUGACUAAGCUGGAGGAACGAACGAGGGUCAAGUGUGACCAGUACUGGCCAUCAAGAGGUUCUGAAAGCUAUGGCCUCAUGGAAGUGACCCUGGAGGAUGUUCAGGAGCUGGCGACGUACUGUAUUCGGACAUUCAGCCUAAAGAGAUCUGGUUACCUGGAGCGUCGCGAAGUGCGGCAGUUCCAGUUUACAGCGUGGCCCGACCACGGCGUUCCUGACCACCCGACUCCGUUCCUCAUGUUCCUGAGGCGCGUGAGGGCGAUGAACCCGCCAGAGGCCGGCCCACUCAUAGUUCAUUGCAGUGCCGGCGUGGGCCGGACGGGCUGCUUCGUGGUGAUCGACUCGAUGCUCGAGCGCAUGCGGCACGAGGGCACGGUGGACAUCUACGGCCACGUGACGUGCCUGCGGGCGCAGCGCAACUACAUGGUCCAGACGGAGGACCAGUACCUGUUUAUCCAUGAUGCGCUGCUGGAGGCCGUGCUGGCGGGCAACACAGAGGUGCCCGCCCGUGCACUGGCCGCCCACCUUCAGUCCCUGCUGCAGCUGGUGCCCGGUGAGGCCUGCACGGGCAUGGAGAUCGAGUUCAAGAAGUUGGCGAACAUGAAGACGCAGGCCAACAAGUUUGUCAGUGCAAACCUCCCCGUGAACAAAUUCAAGAACCGGCUGAUGAACAUUCUGCCUUAUGAAUCAACCCGGGUCUGUCUACAACCAAUAAGGGGUGUGGACGGGUCUGAUUACAUCAAUGCAAGUUUCAUUGACGGUUACCGGUACCGCAAUGCAUACAUAGCGACACAGGGACCCAUGGUAGAGACCACAGAGGACUUCUGGCGGAUGGUCUGGGAGCACAACUCCAAUAUUAUCGUCAUGCUUACCAAGCUGAAGGAGAUGGGCAGGGAAAAAUGCCACCAGUACUGGCCUUCGGAGCACUCCCAGCGGUACCUCUAUUACGUGGUGGACCCAAUAACAGAGUACAACAUGCCUCAGUACAUCCUUAGAGAAUUCAAAGUCACGGACGCCAAGGACGGCCAAUCGCGGACUAUCCGGCAGUUCCACUUCACCGACUGGCCCGAGCAGGGCGUCCCGAAGACCUCCGAGGGGUACCUCGAGUUCCUCGGCCAGGUGCACAAGACCAAGGAACAAUUUGGACAGGAGGGACCGAUCACGGUCCAUUGCAGUGCGGGCGUUGGCCGGACAGGCGUGUUCAUCACAUUGAGCAUCGUACUGGAGCGCCUACAAAGCGAGGGUGUCCUAGACAUAUUCCAGACGGUGCGCACGCUUCGCACCCAGCGCCCCGGCAUGGUCCAGAGUGAGGACCAGUACCAGUUCUGCUACAGGGCUGCAUUAGAAUACAUGAGCAGCUUUGACCACUAUGCAAAUUGAAAAACUCGAGAGCAGCACAAACAAGCCGAGCUCCUUGCGGACUUCAACGGCCCGCGUAACUGAAUGAUUCUUCUCUACCUUUUCUUGCGUGUUCACGGCACUUGCUGCUGUAAGGACAAAAAGUGCCCAUGCCAUACGUGUUGGGAAAGUGCCGACGCUGACGCAGUUCUGCGGGGGAAGGGGGGGCAGCACACCUCCGCGCACACACCUCUCCGAUGUCUGCGCCCUUGCGAGAUUUUAGUUUUAGCUUUUUCGUUGUUUGCCUUCCAACAGUUCUGCGUUGUUCACGCAGAUGUUGCGGAUUUCAUAUCACUUCCGUUUCAUUUCCGUAAUAGUAUUUGAACGUUGCGUAAUUGUUGGGACGCAUGAAAAGUGUGUCGGUGGGGUUAUGUUGGCACAUUCGUAUUUCGACCUGUCAUGAAGCGAAGUGGAAUCUAUUGCCGUUUAAUCUUAUUACCCGAGUGAACGUACAGUUCGGUUGCACGCCUGGGAAGAGACGUACAUCGUUCCUGAAUUCGGUAGUAUUUCAAGUCUGCCAUUUUUUUUGUUACAGUGGCCACCAGUACGAUCUCAUUUUUCUUUUUAAACCUUGUCUCGCUACGAGUCACACCUGUGCCCGUAGCAGAAAAGGAAAAAUCGCUUAGCACGUGACAUCGGAUAUUCACGACACCACUGUGUUCACUAGCGAAAGAAGCAUCGCAGGAAAGAGUGACCCAGCAACUUUGGUGGGUGCGCCGCAAUGUCGCAGGCAGAAGCGAAAAGAAAAAUACAUCCGAUAUUGUCGGAAGAGGCAGCAGUCGAUGAGGAAUAGACGACGGGUGUUUGUCGUCUUGCUUCCUAGUCACUCAGGUUAACCACUUUCUGCAUUUCACGGGAAGGGGAGCCGGCAGGGAAGGCACCGAGAGAGGGCUGCCUUCAAGCAGGACUUCUCUCCUCACCGCCUCUCUACGAAAGUUUUACGGAUUCACAGCGCUCAAGAUUGUCAGAGCAAAACGGUGGGAGGGGGGACGCGGCCUGAAUAUUCUGCAAGGGCGUUAAGUAGGAAAGCGAGAAGCCCCCCUUCUUGUCCGACAUCCCUACCUCGAAGCGGUGUAACCUUUACUUCGCAAAGUCUGCAAGCCAAUGAAUGUUUGUUGUUUUUUUUUUCACCCCUCCCCCUCCCGCCCUUGUUGCUCAGAUAUUCGUCAAGGCAAUAGCGGCGAUAAUUUUCGUUGGAAACUUCGUUUGGCGAAGGUGCAGAAAGUAAGAAUUGCACACUCCCAUUCAAGUUUGACCAUUCUCCUGAGUCUGCUUGACCCACUCCGCG